AUGGCUAAGCCUGGGUCCAAGCUAGUGUUUGAUUGCGUCGAGAUCCCCAAGCGGCAUCGUUCGCGCUCGAUGCGUCCUAGCCUGUCUGCUGCAUCCAGCAAUACUAGCUCGGGCCGGUCCACGAACCUCACGACGCCCUCUGCUUCGCCCGACUGUCGAGUCGCGUCAAGCGCGAAGCUUCGCGUCCGGGAUACCACGCUCGGAAGCGAACUUGGCCUGGCGAACGAGGGCGAGUUCGACAGCCUCGGUGCAGAGGCCGCCUUACAAACGGAGGUCAUCGACGUCUUCAUGGAGUACCUCCAUGGCAACGAGGACAAGUACUCGAAAGGCCUCUUUGAGAAUGUCUUCGUCCAGCUCGACCCGACCAGCUCGACCCUGUACGACGCCUGGGAGACACGCAGGCGUGCGCCCAAGCCCGCUCAGCGCGCUGCGAUUGAGCGCAGCUUGAGGGAGAACAACGGUCUGCAAAUUGGCUAUGCGGUCCUCGUUUACGCCGGGCCGAUGUUGGAGGAGGAGAUCAGGGAUAUCGUGGCGGCGAGGGAGGAGCGGCGGACGCGGGAGGCUCCGUGGAAGGUGGCGGUUGAGCAGUACGAGGCGGACCUCAAGAUCUGGAAGAAGGCGGCAAAGAGGGCAAAGGCGAAGGGAGAAGCGGAGCCGCCAAAGCCGGAGAGGCCGGAGAAGCCGAAGAAGCCUCAGAAGGCGCGGAAGCAGGCGAAGCGGGCAGGCGGGAAGGGGGUCAAGCCGGCUAAGAGGACGCAGCGAGUUCAGGAGGAGAUGGAGGAUGAGGAGGACGAGCAAGAGGCACACGACGAGGACGACAGCGAGGGCGGCGAACAGGAGGAGGAGCAGGACGAUGAGGAGUAG